AUGGUGAUAUUUGACAGGAUAAAUGAAAAGGAGGAUGUCUCCUUGAGACCCGAUAGUACCAACGAGAAAACAGCAACGUUAUCUCAAUCGCAUUCUCAUUUGUAUGGAAACUCUACUGAUUCGACUGAAUCCGCGCUACCAAGAGUAUCAUUGAACUCGUAUUCAACAUCAACAGCAUCGGUUGAAACUCUGGCUAAUAGAAGAAGACUGUUCUAUCAACGUUGGAUAGACUCAUUUAAACCGAUAAAUUUGGAAGAUGACGGUGUGGAUACACUGCGACUAACACCAUUGGAAAAGUCCAUCUUGGCAUCAGCAAAGCAUCCUUUAGCAAGAAAAUUGAAAACAAGACAUCUAAAUAUGAUCGCUAUUGGAGGUAGUAUUGGCACUGGAUUAUUUGUUUCUUCAGGAUACGCUUUAGCUAGAGGUGGUCCAGCGGCUGUCUUGAUUGGCUAUAUCAUUGUUGGGUAUGCUGUAUUGACCAUGGUUUACUCCUUAGGUGAAUUGUCAGUGCAAUUCCCCGUUAGUGGUUCGUUUAAUGCAUUCUUCACUAGAUUCAUUGAUCCAUCGUGGGGGUUUACCUUGGCGAUAAUGUACUACUUGAGCUGGGCUAUCUCGUAUCCAUCUGAGCUCAUUGCGUGUGCUAUGACAAUUCAGUUUUGGACAACGUCUAUCAAUCCAGCUGUGUAUGUGGCAAUAGUUUGGGUAGUCAUACUUGUGGUCAAUUUUUUUGGUGUUCGAGGUUACGGAGAAGUUGAAUUUGUGCUUUCAAUUAUCAAGGUUCUCGCAGUAGUUGGUUUCAUUAUUUUGGGCAUCUGUAUCACGUGCGGUGUAGGAGACCAAGGGUAUAUUGGAGGUAAAUAUUGGCACGAUCCGGGUGCUUUCAACCAUGGCUUCAAGGGAGUUUGUUCUGUAUUUAUUAGUUCAGCAUUCUCGUUUGGUGGAGUUGAGCUAGUAGCACUUACCGCUGCGGAAACCUUGCAACCCAAAAUCUCAUUGAGACGUGCUACUAAGCAAGUGUUUUGGAGGGUUACGAUAUUUUACCUUUUGACUUCGAUAGUUAUUGGAUGCUUAGUACCUUAUACAAACAAUGAUUUACUCAAUGGCGAAGGGAUUGCUGCUUCACCCUUUGUUAUUGCCGUAAACCAAGGCGGCAUCAAAGUUAUUCCGCAUAUAAUGAAUGCGGUUAUUGUUGCAGCUGUUAUAUCUGUUGGAAAUUCUUCGGUUUAUGGUUCAUCGCGUACCUUGGCCUCCUUAGCUGCUCAGGGCUUGUUACCCGGUAUUUUUGGAUAUAUAGAUAAGGAGGGAAGACCAUUAGUAGCGAUACUACUUUCAUCCUUACUAGGGUUGCUAGGGUUCCUUGUGGUGAACAAAAACGAGGAUGCUGUUUUUACAUGGUUCUUUUCCGUUUGUUCGUUAGCUUCCUUUUUCAUUUGGUUGAUGGUGAAUGUGACUCAUUUGAGAUUUCGAUAUGCUCUUAGACGUCAAUCGAGGUCUACUAAUGAGAUCAUUUUCAAAUCCCCAUUGGGGACGUGGGGUUCAUGGACAGGAUUAUUCUUGUUACUUUUUAUAAUAUGCGUUUUGAUCUGGGUUAGUGCUUACCCGAUAGAUGUCCAUGGCAGCGAUGUGGUUUCCUUUUGGCAAAGUUGCCUAUCGUUGCCAUUAUUGAUAUUGAUUUGGGUAUUGCACAAGACGUAUUAUAAGACCUGGAACCAAUUGUGGAUAAAACUAGAGGAUAUUGAUCUAGACACAGGUAGAAGAGAGGCCGACCUUGAUAGAUUGAAGCAAGAGAUUGCUGAGGAGAAGGAGAAAUUUAGAGCAAAACCCUUCUACUACAAGGUGUACCAUUUUUUUUGCUAG